CUUUUCCGUUUCCGGUCGCCUUCGUAGGAGUGCGUGCUGAGGCGAGCCGAGCGGCCCUGAAAAGGAAAGGGAGCAUCUCAGUCGAGCGAUCCCGGCGUCAUGGGGGCCAGCGGGGAAGAGGCUGCCGACCACGAGGAGCGAUUCGAUGGCAUGUUGCUCGCCAUGGCCCAGCAGCACCAGGGCGGCGUGCGUGAGCUUGUGAAUACCUUUUUCAGUUUCCUGAGACGCAAAACUGAUUUCUUUGUGGGGGGAGAAGAAGGUGCUGCUGAGAAGUUAAUCACAGAGACUUUCAGUCGCCACAAUAAACUUGCUCUAAAAGCCCAAAAAGAGAAGAAAGCUCGUCAAGAAGCAGAACAGCGGGAAAAAGCAGAACGAGCCGCCAAACUUGCCAAAGAAACUAAACAGGAAGACAGUGAGCCAAGGAUUAAGGAGCUGACUGAUGAGGAGGCAGAAAGAUUGCAACUGGAAAUAGACCAGAACAAAGAGAAGAAAGAAAAUGAUGCACCAGUCAAGUCUUCUGAAAAACAAGUGGAAUCUCCUGAAUCCAGCAAGCAAGAUACCGAUGAAGAAGAGGAAGAUGAGAAGGACAAAGGCAAACUUAAGCCAAACUCUGGAAAUGGAGCAGACCUGCCAAACUACAGGUGGACACAAACUCUUUCUGAACUGGAUUUGGCCAUCCCAUUCAAUGUGAGCUUCAAACUGAAGGGAAAAGAUAUGGUGGUUGAUAUACAGAGGCGUCAUCUGAAGGUGGGCUUAAAGGGCCACCCCCCCAUGAUUGAUGGAGACCUAUGCAAUGAGGUGAAGGUGGAGGAGAGCUCAUGGCUGAUUGAGGAUGGGAAAAUAGUCACAGUGCACUUGGAAAAGAUCAACAAGAUGGAAUGGUGGAACAAGUUAGUCCAAACAGACCCAGAGAUUAACACCAAGAAAAUUAACCCUGAGAAUUCAAAAUUAUCAGACUUAGAUAGUGAAACACGCAGCAUGGUUGAGAAAAUGAUGUAUGAUCAGCGACAGAAAUCAAUGGGGCUUCCGACAUCGGACGAGCAGAAGAAGCAGGACAUACUGAAAAAGUUCAUGGAACAGCAUCCUGAAAUGGAUUUUUCAAAAGCAAAAUUCAAUUAAUACAAUUACCCCUAUUUUUUCCUCCUUUCCUGACAAACGUUCAAAUUUUAAAGAGCAAGAAAUACCUUUUGGAUGAUGUAUACACUCACAUCACUCCCAUUUGGGGGUUAAAAAUACUAUAGUUGUACUCCAUAUAGAAUACUGCUUAGACUUCUGGAUUUUCAGCAUCAGUGAUCAGAAGCCUGUUCUUCACCUUUCUAAGGCAAUAUUUUAGGGAGAUGAAGGAUUGAAAUAAUUGGGAGCUGCAUUACACAAUAAUUGCUUUCCCUUGGGCUUCUCUUAGCUUUGAAAAAUAUGGGAAGGUAUCAUUUAAUAUUUUUUUUUAAAUUUUGAGUUGAUAUUCACCCUUGAUCAUACUCUUGCUCCUAAAUAAAGAGCUGGAAGGCUACCUUCAAAAUAA